UACAGUUUUUAAACUCUGACGCCAUUCCGCCAUAGAAUUCGACGCUCCUCUUAUUGCCGGUCGAACUUAUCUGGGUGCUGAAUUCAAUGACGGAGUGUUGUGGGCUGUCGCUGAUGCGCUGCGCCGACGAGCAUGUAAACUUCACUUCGCUUUUAACCGUCAUUAUACGUGGUGUACAUUGAGUAUAAAAUAUUUGUUAUUAUUGCUUAUAGUGAGUUUUCAAUUUAAGUAAUAUUUAUUGUUAUAAUAAUGGAUUUACCGCAAGCUUUUACGCAUAUUGAAAUUGACAACUACAAAUACCGUGCGAAUCUUUCGGAUGAAAAUGAUAUUAAGACUUGGAUAGCCGAGUAUAGUAGUCUGACUUAUACUAAUUGGAGCGUCAAGUUAGCAAAGAAUAUUUCUUCUCGGUUUAAAUGCAGGUAUUGGUUCUUAUGCCAUCAUAGCGGAUAUAGAAGGGUUGAUCAAGAGAAAAAUAAAAAAGGAAAAUCCAAAAACUGCAAUUGCGCAGCUUCAAUUAACAUUCUAAUUAAAUUAAGUACUAAAGACACAAAGAAGAAAGAUCCAUUUAUUAAGGAUGGAUAUCCUGCUAUUAUAACGAUCAAUAACAAGCACAAUCACGCAAUCAAUGUCGCCGAGUCGCUAUCACACUUACGGCCUACGGAAAAAACCAGGCAAACAUUCGAAGAUUACUUUAAUGAUGGUCUGGGUAUAAGAGAAGCUAUAAAUCUUCAUCAAUCAAAAUUAGAGUUGGAACUGCCUUCAAGUAGUGCGGAUUUAGCAAGUGCUUCUGUAAACCCGAAAUAUAGAACUGUUCGGUACUGGUACGAUACAUGGCGGAAGAAAAAUGUGGACUCACGAUCGGCAAAUUAUAUUUUACAGAUCGACAAUGACUACAUGUUCCCCAAAACAAUCAAUCAAGAAGAAAUCAAAGUGAGACCGAAUGUUGAACCACAUAUAUUUUUAGGGCAAUCGAAGGCUUGCUCGUCAACCAACCAAAAUAGCCCAUUGCAAUUGGGAAAACGUAAUAGGAUAAGCGACAAUGAGCCUACUGCAACUAUUACUAGUAAUUCGAAUGAAAUAGGCACCCAAGUUUGGUCAUUUGAUUUUAUGACGUCUAAGGGAAUUCAGACUGAAGAUCUUGAAAUUUAUGACGAAAAAGACACGGAAGAGACAUUAAACUCAGAAAAAUUGACGCUUUUCCUGAAGUAUAUGUAUAAGAAUAAAAUUCAGGAAAAUAUUUUUGUGAAAUUGGAACCAGUUUAAUGAAACAUUAGAGUUUUGUGUUGUAAAUUCAUUGACUGAUAUUGGAUUUUUAAAUGAAUGUUCUUGCUUUUCGCACUUUAGAUAUUAAAUAGUUAAAUUAUAAAAAUUUGAUGAAUAGCGUUUAGAUAGUAUGUGUACAUUUUAAAUAAAAUAUAACUCUGUACCUAUUGUGUUUUAAAUAAAAUAUGUGCUACUAAAA